AUGUCCACCCUUGUGCAGGACUCCAUUUUCGGCCACGCCGUCCGAAUUCUCACCAACCGUCGCUUUUUCCGAUACGCCGAAGAAAAAGACCCUUCACUAUGGCAUCGCUACGUCAAUGUCGAGAAAUCAAGUCGGUUGGCUUAUCACGGUCGCAUGGACUCUGUAACCAUUCCAGAGGAUCACCAACUCGCGCAUUCCGAGACUGUGGCACGAAUUCCUUCGUCCGCAUGGACCCACCAUGGGCAUAAGUACCAGGGAUUGACGGGCGUGCGGAUCAAUCCAGAAAAAGGGAAAGAUGUGAAUGUUAUUGACUGGUGGGAUGAAGAUGAUCCGGAGAAUCCUCAAAACUGGGCGUUGUCCAAGAAAGUCUUCGUGACAUUUCAGAUCUGUCUGCUCACGUUCAGUGUGUAUAUCGGGAGUGCCAUUUACACUCCCGGAAUACCGACAUUGAUGGAGGAGUUCCAGAUUGCACAAGUCCCAGCGACAAUAGGCCUGACCAUCUUUGUUGCUGGUUAUGGUUUGGGUCCGCUGUUGUGGUCGCCGAUGAGCGAGGUGCCCCAGAUCGGCAGGAACCCGGUAUAUAUUGCGACAUUGAUCGUGUUUGUGGCUCUUCAAGUUCCGACGGCUCUUGCCAAGAACCUGGGGACUCUUUUGGCAUUUCGGUUCUUGACGGGGUUUUUUGGCUCACCAGCUUUGGCUACGGGGGGCGCUACAAUAGCAGACAUGUUCAGUCCGGCUAAACGCGCCUACGCAAUUAGCAUUUGGGGUAUAAGUGCAAUCUGCGGGCCUGUGCUGGGCCCACUUGUUGGAGGUUUCGCAGCUCAGGCCAAAGGCUGGACCUGGACGAUCUGGGAGUUGACGUGGCUAUCAGGGUUCGCCCUCGUCAUGCUCAUCUUCCUACUUCCCGAGACUUCAUCGGCGAACAUACUAUACCGACGAGCUCGACGCCUCCGCAAGCUAACCGGACGCGAGAAUCUUAAAUGCGAACCUGAAAUUGAGAGCGAAGGCCUCAUGGGCAAGGAACUUGUCAUGAUCACCCUUGUCCGCCCCUUUACUCUCAACUUCUUGGAGCCCAUGGUCUUCCUCUUGAACCUGUACAUCGCUCUCAUUUACGGUCUGCUCUACGUCUGGUUUGAAUCUUUCCAGAUCGUUUUCGAAGGCAUCUACGAGUUCAACCUAGGCCAGCAGGGCCUCGCCUACAUCGGCAUCCUUGUCGGCGCACUGAUCACCAUCCCCCCUUAUUUCUGGUGGAUGCACAAGUAUCUCGAACCGAGAUUCGACGCCAAUGAAAACGUAGCACCGGAAGCUCGCCUUCCCCCAGCUAUCAUCGGCGGCUGCUUUAUUCCAAUCUGUCUGUUCUGGUUUGGGUGGAGCGCUCGACCCGGAAUCCACUGGAUCAUGCCUAUCGUCGGCUCGGGGUUUUUCUCCGUCGGCGCUUUCAUCCUCUUCAAUUGCGUCCUGAAUUACCUCCCUGAUGCGUAUCCCAAUUAUGCAGCUUCAGUACUGGCGGGGAAUGAUUUGUUCCGGUCAGCCUUUGGCGCUGGAUUUCCGCUGUUCGCGUCCGCCAUGUAUAAUCAUCUCGGAGUUGGGUGGGCGAGCUCCACCCUGGCUUUCUUGUCAAUUGUUUUUAUUCCGAUUCCGCUCGUGUUAAUGAAGUAUGGAGAAACACUGAGAAAGAAUUACAGUCGACAUGCACGGAAGGAUAUAUGA